ACACCCACUUUCCCCGGACGAAGGCACCAGAGCAUUUUCGUCCUCCCUCCACCUCGCCUCGCCGCCACCACCGCCCUCCUCUCCCUUCCCCUCCUCACCUCACCUCCCAUGGCGAUAGCCCCUCCACCCGCACACCCUCAUCAUCCCUAACCCUAGAUCCGCCACUCCUCCCGAGCCCCUCCCAUCUCCUCCUCCUCCAUGGAGCCGGGCACCAGCACCGGCUGCAGCGCCCGGACGCUGGCGGCGUGCGUCAUCGGCGGCAUCGUGUUGGGCGCCUCCGUGCUCGCGCUCCACCUCGCGGGGCCCGCUGCCAUUCCGUCCUUGCCGCCGCUCGACGCGCUCAGGCGCCGGCUCCGGCGCCGCCGCCGCCGCCCCGUGCGAGUCUACAUGGACGGAUGCUUCGACAUGAUGCACUACGGACACUGCAACGCGCUGCGACAGGCGCGCGCCCUCGGGGACGAGCUCAUCGUCGGCGUCAUCAGCGACGACGAGAUCAAGGCCAACAAGGGGCCGCCCGUCACGCCGCUCCACGAGAGAAUGAUAAUGGUCCGUGCUGUCAAAUGGGUGGAUGAUGUCAUUCCAGAUGCACCUUAUGCCAUAACCGAAGAAUUCAUGAACAAGCUAUUCACUGAGUACAACAUAGAUUAUAUUAUCCAUGGUGACGAUCCUUGUUUGCUACCAGAUGGUACUGAUGCAUAUGCUCUUGCCAAAAAGGCUGGCCGAUAUAAGCAGAUUAAAAGAACUGAGGGAGUUUCAACAACAGAUAUUGUUGGACGGAUGCUUCUUUGUGUUAGAGAGAGAUCAUCUUCUGAUGCCCACAAUCACUCUUCGCUACAAAGGCAAUUCAGUAGUGGACAUGGUCAGAAAGUUGAUGAUAGUGGAUCUGGAAGUGGAACUAGAGUAUCUCAUUUCCUUCCAACAUCUAGGCGAAUAGUUCAGUUCUCAAAUAGCAGGGGCCCAGGUCCAGAUUCUCGGAUAGUUUACAUAGAUGGUGCAUUUGAUCUGUUCCAUGCUGGACAUGUUGAGAUUUUGCGACUUGCUCGAGAACUUGGGGACUUUUUGCUUGUGGGCAUUCACACGGAUCAGACCAUAAGUUCAACACGAGGACGACAUCGCCCAAUCAUGAAUCUCCAUGAAAGAAGUUUGAGUGUUUUGGCUUGUCGUUAUGUUGAUGAGGUGAUCAUUGGUGCUCCAUGGGAUGUCUCAAAAGACAUGAUUACCACAUUCAAUAUUUCGUCAGUUGUUCAUGGAACAAUUGCUGAGAACAUGGACUUUAUGGAGGAUGAUUCAAAUCCAUAUGCUGUUCCAAUAGCUAUGGGCAUUUACUGUAGGCUGGAGAGUCCUUUGGAUAUCACUACAAGUACUAUUAUCAGGAGGAUUGUUGCUAACCAUGAAGCUUACCAGAAGCGGAACGAGAAGAAGGAAGCCAGUGAGAAGAAGUACUACGAGAGUAAAAGCUUUGUCAAUGGGGAGUGAAUUAUGAGUAGCAGAAGUUGCAUGAAAAUUGUUGCCCGGUUCAUUUUAGACCACAACCUUGUUUGGCAAAGGCAACAGUUGGGUGAUCCAAAGUUUUACCCUUUUCUUCAGCAUCUUUGAUGUUCUGCUGACAUAGCUUAGGAAGCAUCAGGUGCAGCACUGGUGAGUGACUAGCAGAGGUGAUAACCUGGGUGAGGUUAGAGGCAUUUCCGUUGUUUUCCUCAUUGUCUCCAGCCUAUUUUCCCCCUGUACAUGCUCCUUUUUCGGUGGUUGUUACCAGCUGAGUUGCAUUUGAGAUCUCUACUCUUUUGCCCUCGGAAUUGUGCGGCACAGUAUGGAACUCUGAAUGUUAGCGUGAUUAACUAUUCUAUGCUGAUGUUUCCCAUCUGUUUCA